AUCACCCAGCAAGGCCUUCAAGCUUGGUACGACAACGACAGCAAGCAACUCAUCCUCAGAGCCCGGGGCAAUGCUAUCCACAUCACCACGGGCAUCGAGUUCAAGCGGCUUCCGUUCCUCGGUGGCCUUCUCUUCGAAGUCCAGGGAUGGGUUGGCCCCGUCACCCAGGGAACCCAACCCUACGAUGUUGUAAACACUUUCAACAUCGAGCUGCCCAGCCGCGUCUUCCCUUCCGGCUUCGUGCUCAUCAAGGGCGCCGAGGGCGCCGAAUACAAGGUCAAGAUCCAGCCCCUGUUGAAGGAUGGCUCCAGCAGCAACAACAACAGCAGCGCCCAAACGGCCUCCAACGUGACAGCUAGCUCCGAAGCCCCCAAAUUUAAGCUCAUCCCCCCCACGGAGCCCAUCAUCACCAAGCUCGGCAAGCCCGUCACAGUUCUCCAGAAUGACCAGUUCACAGGCAAGGGAGGCAGCGUCGACAUCACCUUCGACGACCGCUUCCUGAAGCUGACCAACGCCCACAUCGUCGACAACCAGAUCGAGUGGACCUUCGACCCCCUGCAGACCGGCGACACCGAGGUCGACGUCUACGUCUCGCAGAACCUCCCACCCUUCGCCUACCGCGCAGUCCACAAGGUCAUCAUCAAGCCGCCCACCUCCACCGAGACCCUCAACCCCCUGGCCCUCUUCUCCGUCAACCAGGCCUCCAAGGCCACAGACGACACCACCGAAUCCGACAUUGCAAAGUCCGGAGACAAGAACUCCAAGAUCGUCCUCAUCUCCUGGGACGACAUCGUCAACGCAGGCCUCGACAUCAUCAAGAAGCAAUACCCCUCCGCCCAGCUCCUGAGCGCCGAGAACCCCUACCAGCUCGCCAACGUCCGCGUCACCGCGAGCAUCGGCGACAACAAGACGGCGACCAUCCGCAGUCUAGGCUUCUUCGAUUUCGGCCCCGUCAAGAUCGGAACCCUCCGCCUCGGCACUACCCCCUUCAACUGGCCCGUCAAAAUCAACUCCACCGACGCCUUCGCCAUCGUCCGCAAGGACGGGUACAAGCAGCCGGUCGAGAGACUCUCCCUGUCUCAGCCCACCGCCCGUGACGUCGACCAGCCCUUCUACACUUUCACUCUGGGUGACUUGACCGUUCAGAUCGGAGCUACCGAUGGCAAGAUCCACAGCCCGUUCCGAUCUUAA